AUGGAGAAAGUCACUCGAACCAUCAAAAAUGUCUUAACCCACCUUCAAGAUGAGAAUAUACCAGCGGCUGUUAUUGGAGAGAUCGCUUUGAAUUACUACAACGUUCCCCGAGUAGUCCAUGAUAUUGAAAUCUGCGUUCCAGGAUCUCUCCUGUCCGACGCCGUAUCAACACUCUGCUUGACCAAGCAGUACACCGUCAAGGAGAAGCAAGAAUACGACAUUUUCACGGAAUACAAAAGAGGGUUUCCGGUUCUCGAAGCGACAUAUAGCAAGAUGACCAUCGUGAUCUUCUCCGAUGCGCAUUUUCACCUCUCUCCGCUAGAACACAACCUCGUACCUUGCGAUGGGGGACCACUGACCAGCUACAGUCGUGAGAUCCUGGAUGUAGUUCCCGUGGACGAGAUGCAGCAUUUUCCGGUGCCAUGUCUUCGCCCCUAUGUGAUCGGACUUUGCCGAAGAUACUUUGAGAAUCAUGACGCUAUGGCGAGAAUUGCCGCGGAGCAACUGGUGGAUGGAAUGAAUCUGGAUGAGGAGUGGAUCCGCACCAAUCUGAGGGAAGCCCCUCUCAAGGCGAGGGAAUUAAUGAUCAUGCUGAUGGCUGAAAAGUCAUCGAGGAUGGAUAAUGAAUUUCUAGACGUCAUCACGCCCGACCCUGUAGUAGAGAACGGGCUGGAAGGACUGCGACUGAUUCCUGGUUCUGGAUAUUAG